AAAUCCAAACGGUCCCCAUCUCAAGAAGGAUUUUGCGAUUUGCAGACGUGGCAUUCUCAGAGGAAAACGACACUGCUUUUGUUGAUUCAGGAGAAUUAAAACGGGGAGUUAAACAGCCUCUAGCGAGAGCCUAGAGAUUUCAAUAGAGAGAGAAGAGUGAGAGAUUCACGAGAAUUGCAGAGGCGCGCGUUACCUGUCCUCGUUAACCUGCAUUCUCCUUUCUUCACAAGAGAAGCGCACGUUUUCUUUUUUGUUAUUAUUUUUUUGAAAGAUCGAGUCUAUCAGCUAUCUUAAAUCUCUCUCCGUGAUCUCGAAAAACAUGUCUCAGAUUUUCUGAAAAUCGGUUAAUUUGGGGAAUUUGUCCGUUCUGUUAUUUCAUUUCUUGCAUUUUUAGGUGGGUCUGAUCCUCAUUGCAUUUAUUUGCAACGCAUUUUGAUUUGGAUGCUGUUUUUGGGUUAAAACGCGCGAAAAUCGAAGAGUUUAUUGGAAGAUUUAAUGCGUUUAUUGAUUUCUAGGGUAUUCGAUUACCGUACAGGAGUGUUGGAGCUCUUCCUCACCUAAUAGUAGAUAAUUUAGGGUUUCGUUUGGCGGCAUUGUAGAUUUUUAUGGCUUUAAGGAUGGAGUGAAAGGGAGUUGAAAUUCGGUUUUGGAGGUGAAUUUAGUAUUAUGGGGUAGACGAGGGAAUGAGGUUAUUGGAGAGAUUUAUGGCCCAAAGUUGGAGACUGCUUUCUGGGGUAAAAUUUUUUUUAAAGGGCUGGUGUUCAAAUGGGCAUUGGUUCUGCACCAAGGCUGCAACUUGAAUGGCUGAUUCUCAGAGAAGUGGUCUUGCCGAGAGGGAUAUCGACCAGGCUAUUACAGCACUUAAGAAAGGGGCAUAUUUACUCAAGUAUGGGCGCAGAGGAAAGCCAAAAUUCUGUCCAUUUCAACUUUCAAAUGAUGAGUCUCUGUUGAUAUGGUACUCUGGUAAAGAAGAAAAGCAGCUAAAACUCAGUCAAGUUUCAAAGAUUAUACCUGGACAGCGUACUGCAAUAUUUCAACGGUAUCCUCGGCCAGAAAAAGAGUAUCAAUCAUUUUCUCUUAUGUACAAUGAUAGAUCAUUGGACUUGAUAUGUAAAGACAAGGAUGAAGCUGAAGUUUGGUUUGUAGGGCUUAAAGCACUGAUUUCUCGUGAUAACUACCAGCGUAAGUGGAGAAUUGAGUCAAAAAGUGAAAGCAUACCAUCAAAUAGUCCACAAACUCGUACACGGAAGCAUUCUCCAUCAAUUUCACCAUUUGAUCCAGGGCAAGGAGAUAGUCAGGGAAGUCAGGUUCCUGUCAACAGUGCCCCUCAAAAUAGAUUGGGAAAGGCAUUCUGUGACAUAAUAUCAUAUACUGCGGUGCCCAAGAGUCCAAGUCAAGUAGAUCUAACCAGCCCUUUUAGUUCACUAACAGCUGCAUGUGUAGAUAACUCAAAUGGUCGACCUUCUACGACUGAUACAGUUAGAGUCAGUUUAUCCAGUGCUGUAAGCUCAUCCAGCCAGGGUUCCUAUCAUGAAGACUUCGAUGCCUUAGGUGAUGUUUUCUUUUGGGGAGAAGGUAUUGGAGAUGGAGUAUUGGGAGGUGGUGUGCACAAAAUUGGGAAUUCAUCUAGCUCCAAGAUAGACUCGCUUCUACCUAAGGCAUUAGAGUCUAAAGUUGUUCUCGAUGUCCAUAAUAUUGCUUGUGGUGGCAGGCAUGCUGUGUUGGUCACUAAGCAAGGUGAGGUCUUCAGCUGGGGCGAAGGUUCAGGAGGCAGGCUAGGGCAUGGCAUAGAAAUGGAUGUUCCCCACCCAAAGCUUAUAGAUACCCUGGCUGGGAUCAAUAUUGAGUUAGUAGCAUGUGGAGAGCACCACACUUGUGCCGUUACUCUUUCUGGAGAUCUUUAUACAUGGGGAGAUGGUGCUUACAAUUGUGGUCUUCUUGGGCAUGGAAGUGAAGCCAGUCAGUGGAUGCCUAAAAAAGUAUGCGGUGACAUCGAGGGCAUACAUGUAUUAUAUAUCUCAUGUGGACCUUGGCAUACUGCUUUUGUGACAUCUGGUGGUCAGUUGUUUACAUUUGGAGACGGAACUUUUGGCUCCCUUGGCCAUGGAGAUCAUAAUAGCACGACCAUCCCACGGGAAGUGGAAGCCUUGAGAGGACUAAGAACAACAAGAGUUGCUUGUGGUGUUUGGCACACAGUUGCUGUUGUUGAAGUAAGGACUGAAUCAUCUAGUCCAAAAGCUUCCAGCAGCUCUUCAUCAGGAAAACUUUUCACCUGGGGGGAUGGAGAUAAAGGCCGCCUUGGACAUGGUGAUAAAGAAUCUAGACUUAUUCCUGAGUGUGUAGAUGCAUUAGGUGAUGAAAAUAUUUGUCAAGUAGCCUGUGGGCAUAAUCUCACAGUUGCCCUUACAGCAACAGGACAAGUAUAUACAAUGGGAAGUGCUUCUUAUGGGCAACUUGGAAAUCCUACAGCUACUGGGAAGGUUCCUACUAUUGUUGAAGGUAAAAUAGCAGGCAGUUUUGUUGAAGAGAUUGCCUGUGGUUCUUAUCAUGUUGCAGUUUUGACUUCCAAAGCUGAGGUUUACACUUGGGGAAAGGGCUCUAAUGGACAAUUAGGCCAUGGGGACAAUGAAGAUAGAAAUACACCUACACAUGUUGAUUUUCUAAAAGAUAAGCAUGUGAAGUCUAUAGCAUGUGGUUCAAAUUUUACUGCAAUUAUAUGUCUUCACAAAUGGGUUUCUAGUACUGAUCAUUCAGUAUGCUCUGGUUGUCGUAAUCCAUUUGGUUUUAGAAGAAAACGCCACAAUUGUUACAACUGUGGUCUAGUCUUUUGCAAAGCAUGCAGUGGUAGAAAAUCUUUAAAAGCUUCCUUGGCUCCUAACAUGAAUAAGCCACAUAGGGUCUGUGAUGAUUGUUUCAAUAAACUAAAGAAGGCUGCAGAUCCUGGUUCAGUUGCACGACUUCCAAAAGCCAGAGCUGGAAAUAUGAACCAGAAAACCAAUGAUGCAGCAGAUAGAGUGGCUCUGGGUCCCAGAUUACAGGCACAACUCUCCAGACUUCCAUCUUCGGAGUCUGUUGGUCAGUCCGAAAGCUGGCAUUCCAGGCGUGACAGACUAUCUGACUCAGAUACUAGCCGCAUCUUCCCUGUUCUAAAUGGAACAUGGCAAUUGGGGGGCUUUCAUUCAUUGAAAGUGCCAACUUUUCUAGGUGGCGCCACAAAGAAAACUUUCCAAAAUUCAACUCCUGGUUCCAGAAUGGCCUCUCUAGCAACAUCUCCUCUUCCAGGAAGGAUAAGUCCACCUCGAUCUUCUUUUGACGAUUCAAAGUACAUGAAUGACAGUUUAAUUGAUGAAAUUACAAGUUUGAGGGCACAGGUAGAAGAGCUUACUUACAAAUCCCGUCACCUUGAUGCUGAACUUGAAAGAAAAUCAAGGCAACUUAAGGAGGUUGCUGCAAUAGCAGCAGAUGAAGCUGAAAAACGCAAAUCUGCGAAAGAAGUUAUCAAGACUCUUACUGCUCAGUUGAAGCAGAUGGCAGAAAAACUGCCAGAAAAACAGAAUUCCAGCCCUAUUUCAGGUUCUAUUACCAAACAUGCAUCCAUUGCUCAAAACAUAUCCAGUGAAAGACGUUCUUCAUGUGAACUCUCUUGUGAAAUUGAGUCCAACGGUAAUGCAGUGGAUCAUCAAAUGUUGUCUUACACUGCCAAAGCUCAAACUGAGAAGCCACCGUGGGUGGUACAAGCUGAACCAGGCGUGUACAUUACAUUGUCUUCCUUGCCAGGUGGUGGUAAUGAACUCAAGAGGAUUCGUUUCAGUCGGAAACAUUUCACAGAACAAGAAGCAGAGAAGUGGUGGGCAGAAAAUGGGUCCAGUGUAUGCGAGCGGCACAACAUACUAAGUACAGAUUAAAAUGCAGCUGUUUUUCAUCAGUUUGUUAAGAAGGCUUGUCUGAUAGACUGAUUAAUUUCCAUGACCCUCGUUCUUUCCACUGGAAACUGUAAAUUCGUGUUUUUUCCCCAACCAUCCAGUGGAGUUUUCAUUGAGGAUCCAGGUUUAGAAUUUGGCAGAUAGACCGAGUCAUGAGAGAAGAAUGUAAGGAAGAUAACAGAAAUGAAAUAUAUUUUGAGCAAUGGGGCAGUCAUUAUUGAUUUUUUGCAGCCUCA